GUCCGCCGUCCAUUCAUUUUUCUUUUAUAUUUCAUCUCUCGCUCCGCCUUCCUCGAGUCUUCUCCACCAGGAAAAACUGAGAAGACGCAGAGGGAAAAAGUCUAAUUUUUUGGGGUUUUUUUUAUCCCUUAGUUUUGAUCGGCGUUGACAUUGGUAUUGUGGGUAAGUUUCAUAGGACAAAUUGGAGAUUAAGAUUUGUUGGGUUCGUAAAUUUUGGCUGAUUUCAUGCUCCAAUUGUGUUCACUCCAUUUUGGUUUCAAACAGAUCUGAAGUUUCUUGUCAAUUUCAACUCUCAGUCCACCAAAUUGGUGCAUUUUUGGCAUUUCAACCCGUCCGGCGAUCUCUCCGGACUUUUCUGACUCAGAAUCAUAGAUUCACGGGUUGAUUUUUCUUUCCUCGUUCGGCAUUGAAGUAAGAAAGGUUUUAGAGAGAGAAAAAGUUUCUCUUUCUUUUUCUCUCUCUAGAUAUACACAGUUGAUCCACAGUGAUUGGCUCGUGUAAUGCUGCUUCGGAUGUUUUUUGUCCGGUGGACAUAAGUUGGGUAUAGAGUCAUUGGUCUGAUCUGAACAACUUUACUUCAACUCAACCGUUCGAUUGGAAACUUUUCCUAUAGAGUUCUCUGACAAAGAAACCCAAAAUGAUGAGAAUGAAGACCAUGACGACAGGGCUGUCAACGAUAAAUGGUAGCUCAGGCGGUGCUGACAGUGGAAGAAACGCCGGAGGCGGCGGCGGCCGCGAUAAUGGUCGUGAGUGGGAGAUGAGACCAGGAGGAAUGCUGGUUCAGAAGCGAGGCCCAGAUUCAGAUCACAACCGUGUCCCACCACCACCCACCAUUAGAGUCCGAGUCAAAUACGGGUCGACUUACCACGAAAUCAACAUUAGCUCUCAAGCCACCUUUGGGGAGUUGAAGAAGAUGCUAACAGGGCCAACAGGGUUGCACCACCAAGAUCAGAAGUUGCUGUUCAAGGAUAAAGAGAGAGACUCAAAAACAUUUCUUGAUGUUGUGGGUGUUAAGGACAAAUCCAAGAUUGUUCUUGUAGAGGACCCAAUUAGCCAAGAGAAACGCUUCCUUGAGAUGAGAAGGAAUGCCAAGUUGGAGAAGGCUGCAAAAUCAGUUUCCGAAAUUAGCUUGGAGGUUGAUAGGCUAGCAGGGCAGGUAUCGGCUCUUGAAACGGUCAUCUCUAGAGGUGGAAAAGUUGCAGAGAACGAAAUGCUGAAGCUGACUGAGUUGUUGAUGAAUCAAUUGGUUAAAUUGGAUGGCAUUUAUACCGAUGGAGAUGUAAAAUUGCAAAGGAAAAUGCAGGUGAAAAGAGUGCAAAAGUAUGUUGAAACGCUUGAUAUGUUGAAGAUCAAAAACUCCACACCAAGCAGCAAUGGAAACCACAUUCCAAUGCAACAGCAGCAGAAGCCAUCAGCAAUUCAGCAGCAGCAACAACAACAACAAAAGCAUUCAAAUGGGCAUACCCCAUCACCAAUUCAUCAGCAGCAAGCGAGGCACUCAUUCGGGAUUUUGCCAACAACACCACAGCAGCAUCAGCAGGUGCCACAAAGGCACUCAACAUCGGGGCCGGUAGUAAUAACCACGCAAUGGGAAACUUUUGAUUCUGCGCCAGCCCCAUUGCCGGCGCAGCCUUCAACUUCCACAACUGCAUCAAGUACCAAUUCAAUACAUCCUAAAUUCAAUUGGGAUUUGCUUUGAGUAAGUAGAAGACCAAGUAUCUGUGCUAGUGUGUGAAUGUGUGUCUUGGAUUUUAUUUUAAGUUGGUUUGGUAACAAUUUUUCCAUUCUUUUCUGUAUCUAGAGUUUUGUUAGCUACCCCUUUAUAUGUCAUUCACUUCAAAAUAAGAGGGGUUAGUACAGUGGUGAUUGAUAUCACCUUGUUUCUUUUCUUCUGUCCUUCUAUCCUGAAGUCAUUCCCCAUUUGUCUUGUUUCUGUUGUAUCUGUGUAGAUUGUUACUUCAAUUAGGUUUUUUAAUGAAGCAGAACUGCAUUGUUUACCCCAGAAAUCUGAUUUGAAGAAGGUUGAAGCCUUGUCCUGUCUCUCUUGUUAAUUCAGAACGAUAAUACUUUUGGGUUCUUCUCGAUUUUGAUUAAUAA